GGGGGAGGUAAGGCAUGGCCGGUCGGAUGGGCUGCAGAGCGCUGGCACGGGUCCACGCCUCGGGGUCCCGGGGUUCCAGGAUGCCGGGGCGCCUGUGCGCUCUUUCCAAGCCUCCCUCCCCCGGCCUGCGCCUCCCAGAGCCCUGGGAACGGCCUGACACUCUCCCCACCUCGACUUGUGUUCUCGACGAUGUGCUGCGACUAAGCAACCUGACCCCACGAACACCGGGGCGGGUAGUUCACACCGUGCCCCCGGGUGGAGACCCAGGCGAACCUGGGUCAGGGACCGUGGGGCACCUGUGUGCAGCCGCCCCAGGACAGUCUCCUUGCAUCUGUCCAUGGGAGCUGACCCUCUCCUGCUUGUCAGCUCAGGCCAGGAGAGUAGGGACCUGGGCGGAGCCCUGAGUGGGGACCAGAAGCGGGGGAUGCAGUCCAGCCCUGACAACUUGUGUCCACCCGGGCAGCAGCCACUGGGAAGACGAUGUCCAGGCUGUUUGUCUGGAGCGACACCAGGGACGAGGAGGACGGGUACAGCCUAUACCCGAAGAGUGAGGACUGGAUCAGGACUGAGACAGGCUCCUUCCAAUGCGCCUACCUCACCCCCUGGGCCACCAUGCAGGACCCUCACGUUUUUACCUGAUUUCCUCAUUUUGCUUCACUGGAUAGGGAGCCCAGUGGAGGCGCCCUCCCGAGGCACUGCCCAUGCUGACUACAGUCCUCCAGCUGCUGAUGUCAUGAGUAACACCACAGUGCCCAAUGCCCCCCAGACCAACAGCGACUCCAUGGUGGGCUAUGUGUUGGGCCCUUUUUUCCUCAUCACCCUGAUCGGGGUGGUGGUGGCUGUGGUAAUGUAUGUCCAGAAGAAAAAGCGGGUGGACAGGCUUCGUCAUCACCUGCUCCCCAUGUACAGCUACGACCCCGCUGAGGAGCUGCAUGAGGCUGAGCAGGAGCUACUCUCUGACGUGGGAGACCCGAAGGUGGUGCACGGCUGGCAGAGUGGCUACCAGCACAAGCGGAUGCCCUUGCUGGACGUCAAAACCUGACACCCUCACCUUCAGAACCAUGGGAUCCUGCCGCCUGCUGCUUCCCUUCCCACCUGCCCACCCGGCCCCCGGCUGGGCACUGGGUCUCCAC